GGGCGAGGAGGAGAACGUAAGGAAAAUACUUCCCAAUCCCUUGAGGGCAGCACCAGCGGCCCCUUGGAGCCACUCUGCCCUUGCCCUCCUAUCCUCGCUCACUCACUCCCUCGCUCACUCGCUCUCACCUCUCAUUGCUUACCAUACUCUCUUCUAUCCGUUUUUACAUGCACACCGGUGGGAGUACAUUCCAGUACAGUGCACUGUCCACCCGAACUGUGGGCGUACAUAUCGGAGACACAUUAACUACAAAUGCCGAUACACAUCCAGCGUACACCAUUCACAUACAUCCACUACUGGUAUUCACUUACACAUACGCAUACACACGCAGACAGCCAGGCCAUCCGUAACCCGCAAUCCAACCCACACCUUCACUUCCUUCCCCCACCACCACCACCAUCACCAUCGGCGACCCAUUAACCCCCUUCUCACUCAAAGCCUCCCCCGCGUGCCCGGUUGUCACACUUGUCCUUUUCUAAGGGUUUAUCGCUGGAAUAUCGUCAUUUUCAUCUCCCUUUUCAGGCACAUUGGUAACCUUUGGCCUACACCAAACGGCAUCACUCCUUCCGAACACACUGAUUUUUCUGUCAUUUUCUGCAACACGGUCUACAUCAAAGGAAAUCCUUGAUUCUUUUUACACUCCCUUGGCACUACCGUCAUUGCGGGUGAUCACCCUCACAAAAUUCGAUCCACGGGACCCUUUGAACAAUUUGCUUUGCUAUGUGCGUGGAGGACGAGUCUGGUUCUGAUAUCGCCGCCGCCAACUCUCACCGCCAGUGACUUCCUUAGCAACCGGUUUCAACCACCCCUCAUCCUCCUCCCAAACAAUUAUUCCGAAUCUGUAAAGCGGCACCCCGUUUUCGUGUUCUUCUUACGACCAGGGGAUCGAGGACUUGGAGUGGUGACUAUCCCUUUUGGCAUUUUAUUUUUCAACUGGAAAAUUUCCUGCUUUUGUAAUCUGGGUUCUUCCUUGACCGUAUUCGGUUUAGCUACGCCGAGUUUCGUGUCGGUUAUUAUUAUUGACCCCCCAGAAAGACAUUUUGGUGUCAUCUGGGGGCUGCAUUGGCUGCCCGAAGAUAGUUUGCCGUGCGCCGAUUGACGCGGCGGGCGUCACUUAGUUGGGCUGUCUGGUAGAUCUCUACGAUUGUGUCCUCUUCCAUCAAAGCCGAAUCCCACACCCUGGGUUUCUAGAUACCGUACUUAACGAAGUUCCUUCAGAUUAGAACGCCAUCAAUCUUGCAGCCAUACUUCCCCAUCGUCUAGACAGCUUUAGCCACCCUGGGGCUGGACUCACCUCCCUCCCCUUCGUUUUUUAUUAUUACUCGGAUUGGAGAGGGAGAGCGGCACGACGCUUCAAUUUCGACAAGUUUUUUUUUAGUCUGAGACUUUUGUUAUGGUCUGGGCCUGUUCGUACACAUCGACUGCGUUCUUGCAACAUCGACAGCUUGAACGUUGGCGACCCAACUACACUUUUAUCGGUUUCCGUUCCUGAGCUGAACUUAUUAACAUACACUGCUACUGUUGUGGUAAAGAGACGCAGUAGCAAGAGGGUCUCUGGGCGCCUGGUAACUUUGAUAUACCAUCUGGGGAAAUCCCUCUUUCUCGGAGGUUAUUUCGCCCAGGUGAUAAACAGUUGUGUAUAUGACAGAUCUGGAGGAGGUUUUGGCUCGACUGGGACUCUCGCAGUACCUAGGGCGGCUUAGCGAAGAGGGGUUUGAAAAAUGGGAGGCCGUAAUGGAUAUUACAGAACAGGACCUGUGAGAUAUCCCUCCUCCCGUUUUUGAUAUUUUUGUGCAGGGUCUUCUAACUACAGCCCUUUAGGACUUUCCUGGGUUUCAAGUUAGGUCAUCGAAGGGUGAGUUAAUAUUCUUGUAUAACCAUUCAUCUACCUUUGGUGGCUAUAUUUUGGCGGCGCUGCCUUGCUCCUUUCUUCUAUGCAGGGCUUUGAUGUCGACAUGCGCACCCAUUUUUUCCCUUCUUUUCCCGGGGGCGAUGGCAACAAAGAAUACAGAGUGGUGCAGUCGCUGACCUCGUUUCCAACGCUAGCUUUUGCAACGGGAGAUUGCGAGCGCGAGAGGAAUUCCACCAACGCAAGCAUUGACAUCCGUCCACAACUAUCCUUCCGACGACAUUGAGCCUGAGGAUAGGUCAUCACCAAAGCCCUUUAAGCAGGAUUCUGGAAAAGGUAUUGCACCCACGGGAAAAAGAAAGUAUAGACGCCAUCCAAAGGUACCACUGCGCAGAACAAAGGACUCCCAACUUCUAGCAUCAGAAAAACCGUUUGCUAACGUUGUGUCGAAUGCAAGCCUGAUGAACAUGCGCCGGAAAAGCCUCCCUCCGCGUACGUCAUGUUUGCAAACCGUGAGCAUUCCUUUACUCGAGCCUGAUGAUGAUGCCCUGCUUUGGGGUGCUGACCUUCGUUUCAGGUGUUCGAGACGAACUUAAAGGGCAAAAUUUAUCAUUCACUGAUAUCGCGAAGCUUGUUGGCGAAAAGUGGAAAGUUCUGGAUCCGGAGAACAAGGAAUCAUAUGAGCAUGAAGCCUCGAUAGCCAAGGAGAAGUACAACUCAGAACUACUAGAGUACAAGAAGACAGACAGCUACAAAGAAUACAUCCAGUAUCUCUCAGACUUCAAGUCCAAAGCGAGCAAAGAAGGUAGGGAAGGGAGCGGUAAGAUCCACGAGACUUCCGACCUUUCCACCACUGCUCACUCUCCCACAGAACAAGCUGAAGCCAACCGGAAGAGGCCAAAGCUUGAGAGUGUUUCAACUGCUGGUGCUGUAGGGUCUGCCGGUGCCAGCAAUUCAGUUAGUGCGGCGAGUGGGAUAAGUGCGACUGCGCCUCCUGUGCUUGGGCUUGGUAGAGGGAGUGGUCCUACUGGUUUGGGAGCAGCUACAUCGUCUGACCAAAGCGCUUAUACAUCUCCUUCUAGCCAUGAUUCAGGCACAUAUCACCCUUCAGGCGCCCAAUCCGUGCCCACCUCGGCAUCGAGGGCAUAUCCGGUUUCACCCGCACGCCGCUCCGGAUCGCCCUCUGAUGUCGCGCGAUACAAAGACGCCGUCAUAAGAUCCACCCAACAGCAACAGCAGGAGGCAUUUGUUACACCAGUAACUGAGUCUGAGUCUCCUUUCUUUACUCGAAUUCACCCUACUAUCCAAGGCCCCCACAUCCAACAGCAGUCUUCAUUUAUGAGGCACCAACCGCCCCCAUUGGGCGCCCAACCUAUAUCCAGGACAGGGCCACCUGUACCAAAUCCUGCAAUGAGGAGGGCCAGCCUGCGGUCUGACGAAACCCUGCCCUCCACCCCGGUUUCCAUGAGCAGCGGAAGUUCCUCGGUGCAAUCACUAACAUCUUCUGUCUCUUCUUUCGACGACAGCGGCCGCUCCCACCGUGCGCUUCCUUCUCUGCCCCCACCUACACCCGGGCCCUCUCCUGGGUCCGGAUAUUUUGACCAGAGACCGCAUCGACCUCCCGCACCACCUACACGCUCUCCCCGCACCUAUCAGCAGAGUCUCCCCCCGCCGCCAACGCCAACGGGCAUAUCCCCAUUCCAUGGCCAUCAGGCCUCAAGCUCUCAUGCAUCAUCAGCCCCGAGUCAAUUGGGGCCAGAGAGCGUUGAUACUUCAGUUGGUGCGAACACAGGAGGUAUAAACCCGUCUCCUCCCCAAUCCAAACCACCAUCUCAGCUGUGA